GUUAGAUUUAGGGCCUUGGUGUUGGGUAUUUGUGGGGAGGGAUUGUGAGAGAGGACGUUGCUCUUUGCUGAUAUAGGUAAAAAGAGGUGCCGGACCGUCUGACUAGCCCGCCUCCCGUCUGCUGCCGAGCUCCGCGCUGCCGCUGUCGCCGACUGACGUAAGGGUGAGGACAGAGCGGCGGCAUGUCGGUGCCGGGCGGCGCCAUGGCGACCGGCGGCGACGCCGGUGUCUCCAGCUCGCUGCCGCUGCCCUCCAUCAAGACGUACGGCCUGUACACGGACGACAGCUACCGGCGCGGUCUGGCGCCGCCGCCGCCGCCCGUGCCUCCCACGCACGAUACCUACUCCAUGUUCGGCAGCGCCUUCUGCAUGGACGACCCCAUCAUCCAGCCGCUGGAGAACCAGGGCAUUAAACGGCUGUACCCGCUUAAUUUUGACCACCGCAAGGAGCUGAAGAAGUUGAACCACUCGGUGCUGGCCAACUUCCUGGAUCUGCUGGAGAUCCUGAUUCGGUGUCCAGACUCCAGCAAGCGGUUGGAGAAGAUCGAUGACAUCAAGCUGCUGUUUAUUCACAUGCACCACCUUAUCAACGAGUUCCGGCCGCACCAGGCGCGCGAGGCGCUCCGUGUCACCCUGGAGCUGCAGAAGCGACAGCGGCUGGACAUCGCCAACCGGUUCCAGCUGCAUCUGGACAAGGUGCUCGACACGGUGAACGGCGCGCUGCAGGCCCUGCCCAGCGGCGACGAGUUCGACUCGAAGCUGCUGGUGCCGACGGAGGCGGCGCCGCGGCCGAGCGCCGACGCCGCCGCCGAGCCGGCCGAUGAGCUCGCCCGGCUCGACGCCGUCAUGUGUCAGAUCAUGGACGCCACGUAGGCGGCCGGGACGAGAGUGCCGUCCGGUCCCCGUCGCUGUGCCCGGCAGAGGGUGGCGGUGCCGGGCCAGUACACGGACGUUGUUGUGUUGAGCGCACCUGCGGACCGGAGCUGGCCGAGCCGGUCUGUGCUGGUGUCCGUCUGUCGAUCGGAGCUGGCCGUGCUGUGCUGGUAUUGGUCUGUGGACCGGAGCUGGCCGUGCUGUGCUGGUAUCCGUCUGCGGAACGGAGCUGGCCGUGCUGUGCUGGUAUCCGUCUGCGGACCGGAGCUGGCCGUGCUGUGCUGGUAUCCGUCUGCGGACCGGAGCUGGCCGAGCCGGACUGUGCUGGUACCCGUCUGCGGACCGGAGCUGGCCAUGCUGUGCUGGUAUCCGUCUGCGAACCGGAGCUGGCCGUGCUGUACUGGUAUCGGUCUGCGGACCGGAACUGGCCGAGCCGGACUGUGCUGGUACCCGUCUGCGGGCCGGAGGUGACCGAGCCAGGCUGUGCUGGUAUCGGUCUGCGGACCGGAGCUGACCGAGCAGGGCUGUGCUGGUAUCGGUCUGCGGACCGGAGCUGGCCGAGCCGGGUUGUGCUGGUACCCGGCUGCGGGCCGGAGCUGGCCGAGCCGGGCUGUGCUGGUACCCGGCUGCUGGCCGGAGCUGGCCGAGCCGGGCUGUGCUGGUACCCGGCUGUGGACCGGAGCUGGCCGAGCCUGUGUAGCCGUGUAUCCGAUCGGCGGUCCACGCCGCUGGCCAGCUGUCCGCUCGCCGUGAGAACGACAGCCAGGCGGCAGCCGCUGAGGCGGGCCGCGUCUCAGUGUCAGCACACACAUGUGGAUACGAACCCCGCGGAGCGAGCGCGUGCGCCUGCUCGCCGCGGCCUCACCCCGCUGUCGGGCUGGUGGAAUCGGACGCGUGUGAUGGCUGGCAACUCUGACUGCACGGCGUGGUGGUGAGAGGUUGAAAGCGGCGAGGCAGCUGUUUUUGACGUGUGAUGGGCCGCGCGUCGUGAAUAGGUAAUUGCAUUGCACAGUUUGCAGACAGCUCCCGAGUCUGUGGUUACCUACAUUUACCUCCAUACUUUGUGCGUCAAUAGCUCAGGUAAGGAGGAAGCUCAUCUUAGCGAGCCGCUUGCACGUGUCUCACCAUUGGCCGAGCGUGCAGUGCUAGCCAUGGUAACAUGGGCAGGCUGUGGCCAUGACCUUGACAUGUCAUGGUCAUUGUCCAGCUCUGACACUGUCACGUGACGGUGAUGGAUGCUGAGGCGACUUGUCGGCCCCGCGGGGCCAGCGAGCUACACCUUUAGGCCUACCACAAACGGCAGCACCGAUUAAAUAAAACAUGCCCUCGCUCCGGCCAGUGAGUGGUGAAAUAG